GCGACUCUAGCUUCACCGACGCUUCUCGAGAAAGAAUUCUCGCUAUCAGAUAGGGUAGCGAUAGUCACCGGGGCCAACCGCGGACUCGGCCUCGAGGGUGCUUUGGCUCUCGCUGAAGCAGGAGCUCGUGCGGUAUACUGCAUUGACAUCGUAGACGCGCCGAGCUCGGAUUGGUCGCGGGUGCAGGAAUUUGUGUCGCGUAUGCGGGGAAAGCGCGGAGAGGGUCGUUUCGAGUAUGUUCGCGGGGACGUAGCGAACCAGGAGCAAAUGUGGAAGAUUGGGAAGAUGAUCGGAGACCGCGAGGGCAGAAUGGAUACCUGUCUGGCUGCUGCGGGGAUCAUGUGCGAUCCUAACGACACUUUGCAUAUGUCGGAGAAGACCCUGCAGAAGGUGCUGGACGUCAAUUUAAAGGGCGUGCUCUUCACUGCCCAGGCCGCGGGACAGCAAAUGGAAAGGUUCGGGAACGGCGGAAGUAUCAUUCUUGUCGCCAGCAUCGGGGGACAUGUCUCUAAUCUCGGUGUUACGCCCUAUGAGAUUGCAAAGAGCGGGGUGCACCAAAUGGCGCGGAGCCUUGCAUGCGAACUUGCUCCGAAGGGCAUCCGGGCCAACUCUAUCAGCCCUGGUUACUUCCACUCCCCUAUGCUAGAUCAGUUAAUCGAGGAGAAACCUGAAUUGGGCGAAUUUCUGAAGAAUGCUAACCCCAUGAAGCGCAUCGGAGAGGGACGCGAACUUCGCGGGGCGGUCGCGUGGCUUGCGAGUGAUGCAAGUUCGUUCUGUACUGGCAGCGACAUUUUAGUAAGCGGUGGCCACACUGCAUGGUAA